AUGUCUCAUUUAAAGGCUGAAAGCCUGUUUUCGAUUCCUGGCAGAACCGCUGUCAUAACCGGUGGAGGAAGCGGCCUUGGUCGCAUCUGUGCCAAAACAUUUCUAUCGAAUGGUGCAUCUGUGACAAUCAUCGAUCGCGAUGCCUCCAGGCUUGAAAGUGUAAAGACAGAGCUUCAACAGAUCAAAGAACAGCUGUCACUCAACGGUGAAAUCAAAACCAUCCAUGGUGAACUGGGUAACAAAUCCUCUCUACAAAAGGUUGUUGCCACAGUCCGUGAGAUGCACAGUGAAAUUGAUAUCUUAGUCCACUGUGCUGGGAUCAGGAAGCAGAACAAAAUAUCUUACGAGGUCGGCGAACCGCUUGAAAAGUUGUUCCAAGCCACAGAGUCAUUGGCAUAUGAGGAUAUCGAGAUGUCAUUUCGAGUCAAUGUUCUGCCACAGUAUUUCCUGACUUCCGGUUUGAUCGACUACUUAGGUGCAGCCGCAAGGAAAGGAGGUGGGAGGGGCUGCGUGAUAUGUUUCAGCAGCGUAGCUAGCAAGCACAACGGACAAUUUGUUCCAGCAUACCAAACCACCAAGGCAUCAGUCGACCACCUAGUGAAAAUCAUGGCGGCAGAAUUUGCAGACUUUUAUAUCCGAGUCAAUGCAAUCUCACCGGGCCUUUUUCUCUCGGCUAUGAACCCGUCUGACCCCAAUCAUCCAGAGUCGAAUAUGCGGUAUGCCAAGGAGAUGCCUGCGCGUCGGGCGGGCUAUGAAGAGGAGAUGGCGGGCACAGCUUUGUAUCUGGCUUCUCCGGCUGGAGGUUAUACGACGGGCGAUAACAUGCACGUUGAUGGAGGCCGAUUGCUAGUAGCUGCAGCCAAGAUAUCAUCACGAUUGUAG